CAUACUGAUCUGCAUACUCUCUCAGCUGGACUUGGGGCUACUACUUACUGCAUCUGAAAGGUUGAAGCUCACUGGGAAUAAAGAAUUCUUGUAACAAUGCCGGAACCCACCAAGAAAGAUGAGACUGAAACUGAAAGUGCACCACCACCUCCAGAACAAAAAACACCGCAGGAGGGUGGAACUGGAAAGGGUAAAGAUGAAGAUGACACUUCAGUUAGUACUCCACCAGCAGAUGGGAUGUCUAAGCCAGCGGAAAGAAAAGAUUCAGUAUGGUCUAUUGGAGAAGGAGCUCCAGAAGAGACAGAAAAACAUGAUGACUCCCAAAGAUCCACUUUAUUUGUCGAAAAACCUCAGAGCGGUUCAGUGAGCGUUGGUGGGAAUAUUACAUUUAUAGCCAAAGUAGAAGCCAAAGAUCUUCUCCGAAAGCCAAAUGUUAAGUGGUUUAAAGGAAAAUGGAUGGACCUGGCCAGUAAAGCGGGGAAGCACCUGCAGCUGAAAGAAUCCUUUGAGCGUCACACUAAGAUUCACACAUUUGAGAUGCAUAUCAUUCAAGCUAAGGAAAACUAUGCAGGGAACUAUCGCUGUGAAGUAUCUUAUAAGGACAAGUUUGAUAGUUGCUCUUUUGACCUUGAAGUCACCGAAUCUUCCCAAGCUGCUCCAUCCAUUGACAUCAGAUCUGCUUUCAAAAGAAGCGGUGAUGGACAAGACGAUGCAGGAGAACUUGACUUUAGUGGUCUCCUGAAACGUAGGGAGAUUAAACAGCAAGAGGAAGAACCUGAGGUAGAUGUGUGGGAGCUCCUGAAGAAUGCGAAUCCCAGUGAAUAUGAGAAGAUUGCUUUUCAGUAUGGUAUCACUGACCUGAGAGGCAUGUUAAAGCGUCUGAAGCGCAUGCGCAGGGAAGUGAAGAAGAGUGCAGCUUUUGCCAAAGGUCUUGAUCCUGCAUAUCAGGUGGACAAAGGAGGUAAAGUAAGGUUCAUGGUGGAGCUAGCAGAUCCAACAGUGGAACUCAAGUGGUAUAAAAAUGGCCAAGAAAUACGACCAAGUGCAAAAUACAUUUUUGAGCACAAAGGUAACCAGCGAAUUUUAUUCAUCAAUAAUUGUACGAUGGCAGAUGAUGCUCGCUAUUACGUAACAGCUGGUGAUGAGAAAUGCUCCACAGAACUGUUUGUGAGAGAUCCUCCAAUUUUGGUGACCAAAGGCCUGGAGGAUACCAGUACCUAUGUUGGUGAACGAGUAGAACUGAGCUGUGAAGUGUCUGAGGAUGAUGCAAAUGUGAAAUGGUUUAAGAAUGGUGUAGAACUUAACAAUGAACCUAAAUCUCGGUAUCGAAUCAAGGUUGAGGGUAAAAAACACACUUUGAUCAUAGAGGAAGCUGCAAAAAAUGACAAUGCAACUUACUCAGUAAUGACAACUGGAGGCCAAUCAGAAGCUAAGCUUUCGGUUGAUUUGAGACCACUGAAGAUAUCACUUGCACUAGAAGACCAGACUGUGAGGCUUGGACAGGAAAUCCACCUGAAGUGUGAGAUAUCUGAGAACGUGGAAGGGAAAUGGUACAAAAAUGGACAACUGGUCGAAGCUGGUGACCGUGUAAAGCUUUAUCACAAAGGAAGAAUCCACAGAUUUGUUAUAGCGAGCGCUGCUGUUGAUGAUGAGGGUGAAUACAUGUUUGUACCAGAUGCCUAUAAUAUUAAUAUUCCAUGCAAAGUACAUGUUGUGGAUCCUCCUAAACUCCACUUGGAUGGUCUUGGGGAAGAUAACGUUGUGACAGUAGUGGCAGGAAGCAAACUACGACUUGAGAUCCCCAUCUCUGGCGAGCCAACUCCAAAAGUCAUGUGGAGUAAAGGGGACAAGUGGAUCACAGACAGCGGAAGAAUACGGGCAGAAACAUACCCAGACAGCAGCUGUUUGGUCAUUGAUACAGCUGAGAGGGAAGAUUCAGGUCCUUUCAGAAUAACGUUAAAGAAUGAGGCUGGAGAGGACACAGCUCUAAUCAACAUUAAAGUGGUUGAUGUCCCUGAUCCUCCUCAGGCACCACAUGUGACUGAGGUAGGUGAAGACUGGUGUGUUAUGACCUGGGAACCUCCGGCAAAUGAUGGUGGAUCACCCAUCUUAGGAUAUUUCAUUGAAAGGAAAAAGAAACAAAGCUCCAGGUGGAUGAGGUUGAAUUUUGAGCUGUGUAAAGAAACAACUUUUGAGCCAAAGAAGAUGAUUGAAGGUGUUGCUUAUGAGGUCCGUGUAUUCGCUGUUAAUGCAAUAGGCAUUUCCAAACCAAGUAUGCCUUCGAAGUCCUUUGUUCCUUUAGCUGUUACCAGUCCACCAACUCUCCUGGCAGUGGAUGGAGUGACUGAUACCUCAGUUACAAUGAAAUGGAGGCCACCAGACCACAUCGGAGCGGCAGGGUUAGACGGCUAUGUUGUAGAGUACUGCUUUGAAGGAACUGAUGAAUGGAUUGUGGCUAACCCGGAGCUGACAGACAAAACGAAGUUUACUAUCACUGGCCUGCCGACUGGCUCAAAAAUCCUUGUGAGAGUAAAAGCUGUGAAUGCUGCUGGUGCAAGUGAGCCCAGGUACCACCCACAGCCUAUUUUAGUCAAGGAAGUGAUAGAACCUCCAAAGAUUCGUCUACCAAGACACUUAAAACAAACCUAUACUCGAAGAGUUGGAGAAACUGUGAAUCUCGUUAUUCCUUUCCAGGGAAGACCAAGGGCAAAAGUAUCAUGGCAGAAAAAUGGUUCUCCAAUCGACAAGAACCAAAUCAACAUCCGCAACACUGAAAAUGACACUAUCAUCUUCAUCCGAAAGGCAGAAAGGAGCCACUCUGGAGAAUAUAACAUGAAAGUGGAAGUAGAGAACUUGGAGGACAAAGCUACAAUAGAUAUUCAGAUUGUUGAUCGCCCAGGGCCACCAGAAGUUGUAACUAUUAAAGAUGUCUGGGGAGAGAAUGUGAAUUUAUCAUGGAAGCCACCAAAAGAUGAUGGCAACGCUGCCAUUACUGGGUACACUAUUCAAAAAGCAGAUAAGAAGAGUAUGGAGUGGUUCACAGUAAUCGAGCACUACCACCGCACCAGUGCCACCAUUAACGAGCUCGUCAUAGGAAAUGAGUACUACUUCCGGAUCUUCGCUGAAAACAUGUGCGGCCUCAGUGAGGAUGCAACGAUGACCAAAGAGAGCGCUUUUAUUGCAAAGGAUGGUAAAGUCUACAAAUACCCAGUUUACGAUGAUUUUGACUUCAGUGAACAGCCGUUGUUUACUCAGCCUCUAGUCAACACGUUUGCUGUAGCUGGUUACAACGCUACUUUGAACUGCAGUGUUCGGGGCAACCCCAAGCCCAAAAUAACCUGGCUGAAAAACAAAGUCAUUAUAAUGAAUGACCCAAGGUACCGAAUGUUCAGUAACCAAGGUGUCUGCACCUUGGAGAUCCGCAAACCCAGUCCCUAUGAUGGAGGUACUUACACUUGCCGAGCAGUCAAUGAACUUGGAGAGGCAGAAGUUGAUUGCAAACUGGAAGUAAAAGUUACACAGUAAGGAUUUUUGAAUGUAUAUUGUCAUCUAAGGUGGGCUUUCGUUCUUCAGACUAUUGAUGGAUGGAGUGCCUCCGCAUAUCAUUGAUUCAUAUAUGCGUGAAGUACAGGCAGACAAAACUGAGGGGAAGUGAGAGUCCGUCCACAGUGUUUUCUCCCACUGCGCUGGAAAUUGGUAGCAGAAUUACAGCAUUUUAGUUCUUGCAAUGACAGAACAAACGUGUGGUUGGGGAUUUUCUUUUUUUUUUCCCCUUUCUUUUUUUUUGUUUCUUGUUUUGUUUUCCCUACCUGCUCUUACUGAAAAGAAAGAAUACGCAUGGAUUGCUUUGGGGUUGAAAUUAAAUGAACUGAAGACAACACACGUUUUGUAAUGUUCAGCUUUAUUUUCUGUUUGAUAUUGUGUUCUGGUUUUUAAUGAGGAAAGAGGAGAAGCUGUGUAAUAAACAUGAGGAGGCAGUCAGAGUUUGUACUCGGUGGUACAAAGCAUUAUCUUUCUCAGACUGAAAGUACAUGGAUUAGCCAGUAGCUGUGCAAUAAGACCCUUGGAAUACAUACCUCUAAUAAUGUAUCUUAUGCACCUGAGAAUUGUUUAACAGAAUAUGGUUUUACUAUAACGUAAUUAAUACAUAUGUACUUAAUGAUCAUUUAAGCUGAACAUAUCUUCCUUUAGAAGUUUUGAUUUCCUAAAUCCAACCCAUCAGUCUCUCAACUGAACUGAAAUUGUUUUAUUUAAUGUACAAUAAAUAUGAAGUGUUUAAGAUCUA